AUGGAACUUCCCACGGAAUUUGAUUACGUUAUUGUCGGAACUGGUCUCAUAGAAUCAGUCGUCGCCGCUAGUCUGUCAAUUACGGGAAACUCUGUGCUCCACAUUGACAGUGAGAAUUAUUAUGGCGGUCUGAUGUCGUCCUUUCGUUUUCCCGACCUCUUAGAUAAGCUAACCGAAUGGGAGGAGGAGGAGAAAGGAGCAUCGUCUGCUCCGACCACUCUUGCCGACCGUGUCCAGCCAGCUGAUACGGUUGCACUCGCUGAAAGUUCGGAUCGUGAGGUUCCGACAUCUCCCCCACCCUGCCAUUGGUCACAAGCUAGCAUGAAGCAACGGCUGCAUCGCUUGGAUCUAGACAUCUGGCCCAAGCUCAUUUACGCAGACAGUCCCACGGUUGCAGCCAUGCUGCGGGCCGACGUGACGAGAUACCUAGAGUUCAGGCCCGUUAGUCGGCUGUUGACCUUCGCAUUUCAGGCGCCGAAACCACAGGCCUCCACUCCUCCUCCCCAGCCUUCGUCGUCGUCCAACGCGGCUGGGACGAACACCCUACCGACCUUCCAAAGCCUUAUUAAGGUAAAAUUCCUUGUCUCUGGUCCUCAUGUUGGUUAUAAAAACAAGUUUUCUUCCGGUGGCUGCCGUUUUGCAAUAAACAGUUAG